AUGUCCAAUGUCCUUUUGUGCUCGUCCUGCUUCCAUUUCUUCUCCUCUCAAGUCUGCUGCCUUAGGGAGCCAUCACCGAGAUCACCGCUGUCCUCCGAAGCCAAUGUCACCAACAAAGGUCUCAAAGUCCCAAAUCAGCAGUGUCAACGCUUCUCGAUUGUCUCUGCGGCAAAGUACAACAUGGCGGCAGAGAUUAGUGAAGGGUUCACAUCUCUGUCAAUUGGGCAGAUGGCCAAAGCAAAGAAUCCCGUCGACUUUUAUCGUCACCACAUUGCAGAGAGGCUAGCACCGAUUCUGAAUCGAAAGGAUUCUGAACUUGUUCCGUUGCUACUAUGGGCAACCACUUUGGAUAAAGGAGAUCUAAACUUGCCAGUGGCCGCCUUGCGAGUCAAAGGAAAGCCACCUCAGGAUCUGGCCAAAGAGAUCGCUGAAUCUUUCCCAACCUCGGUUGAUACACUGGUGACCCUGAUAGCCAAUGGCCCAUUUGUGUCAUUCUUUUUCAAACCAGAGCACCUGCUCAAGACGCUCAUCCCCGAAAUUCUGACGAGUAAGACAGCAUACGGCACCAAUCCAGUUUCAGGCCUGAAAGACCCGUCGGAUCCCUCGAAAGGCCAAAAGAGGGUCAUUGUGGAAUUCUCGUCGCCAAACAUCGCAAAGGAGUUCCAUGCUGGCCAUCUCCGAAGUACGAUCAUCGGAGGCUUUCUUGCGAAGCUGUACACCAUUAUGGGGUGGGAGGUCAUAAGGAUGAACUACCUGGGAGACUGGGGCAAGCAAUACGGUCUAUUGGCCAACGGCUUCAAACAGUUCGGAAGCCAAGAGGAGCUGGACAAGAACUCUAUUGCACAUCUUUUCCAGGUUUAUGUGCAGAUAAACAAGAUCAAGAGCGCGCAGGACGAACCUAUCAAUGAGUUGAAGAAGGAGAUCAAGGAAAAGAAGGCCAAGGGAGAAGACGUCACUGAACUGGAACAGAAGCUCACACCCCUUGUUGAGGAGAGUGAGGACGAAAAGGCUCGGAAAUAUUUCAAGAGCAUGGAAGAUGGAGAUCCGGAGGCGCUUGCUCUGUGGCAGAAAUUCCGAGACAUGAGUAUUGGCAAAUACCAGAAGACCUAUGCACGACUAAAUAUCGAAUUCGACGUGUAUUCGGGCGAAUCGCAAGUGAAAGCAGAAAACAUCAAGAAAGUCCUCGACAAUCUUCUGGCAAAGAAUAUCGCAGAGGAGUCAGAUGGUGCUCUGCUGAUAGACUUUUCCAAAUUUGGAGCCAAAAAGUUGAACAAAGCCAUCAUUGUGCGGAGAGAUGGCACUCCUCUGUAUCUGACGCGAGAUCUGGCUGCGAUCCUGGAGCGCCACGACCAGUACCACUUUGACAAGAUGAUCUAUGUUGUUGCUGAUCAGCAGAAUGAGCAUGUCGCACAACUAUUCAAAACAACCGAUAUCAGUGGUCAUAAAGAUGUAGCCGAAAAGUGUGAGCAUAUCUCUUUUGGCAUGGUCAAAGGUAUGAGCACGCGCAAAGGCACGGUGAAGUUCCUGGACGAUAUCAUCCAGACGGUCAAGGACACGAUGCUUGAGACAAUGAUGAAGAACGAAAACAAGUACAAUGCUCUGGAAGACCCAGAUGCUGUGGCGGACAUUCUUGCCAUCACUGCCAUCAUGGUGCAAGAUCUGACAGGCAAGGUUCGGAACGGUUAUGAAUUCAACAUCAACCAGAUGACUGCAUUCGAGGGAGACACAGGCCCAUACCUGCAAUAUGCGCAUGCACGAUUGUGCUCGAUCGAACGCAAAGCCAAUGCAGACUUGAGUGCAUUGGGUUCGGCUGACCUGUCAUUGCUGCAAGAAAGCCAUGCUAUCAACCUAGCCAGAGCGCUGGCGCAAUACCCUGAUGUGGUGCUCAAUACGCUCAAGACCCGCGAGCCAUCGACGUUGCUGACAUAUCUAUUCAAAAUGGCUCAUGCUCUGAGUUCAAGUUAUGACCAUCUGCAAGUCGUAGGAAGCGAGCCCGAAUUGCAGAAAGCUCGUCUGGCAUUAUACGAAGCUGCUCGACAGGUCUUGUGGAAUGGCAUGACUCUGCUCGGCCUAACACCGGUGCAGCGCAUGUAACACGCCGGAUGUCGACAGCAUAACGAGGCGAUAAUAGCGUCAUUACGGGUAUGAUCAGGAUUUGCAGCGGGAAAAGUCGGAAUGCAUUGCUGCACCACGUACAGCCGCAUGGCUCCGACCAUGGUCAAGAAGCAGAAAGCGACAGGGAUAUUAGUUGACUGAUCGACUUGGGUCCAUCCGGACUUUGUCCAGCCGAAAAUGAUUAAUCCGAGCUUGAUCCGAUUCUCCAUGGGGUUGGCAAACCGGAUGAUGUGCUCCUAGGGCACUCUCGAGGCUGGCGGCAGUUCAUGCACCUGUACGGACUAGAUAUUAGUCAGGGGAGGGUUAUGCUUUCAACGUCACAGUGCAUUGGGCGGCCAUGGAUGGAGCUUUAUUACUCGUGCCACCACCUGGGUUUGAGGAGG